GAGUGUAAGGAAAAGGAAAAGACCCGCACUUUCUCGCCCCCAGGUAGCAGAAACAGAGGCCUGGUAGCAUUCCAGACACCUGUGUGGCUCGGCCCGUGGGCUGCCUCUGGGUCCCUUGGGAGCUGGCUGCUCACCGCCAUGAGGGACCUUCUUCCAUAUGCUGCCUGCUUCUUUGCCUUCUUCUCCACUGGGUUUUUGAUGCUGGCCACCUGGACAGACUGCUGGAUGGUGAAUGCUGAUGAUUCUCUGGAGGUGAGCACAAAGUGCCGAGGCCUCUGGUGGGAGUGUGUCACCAAUUCUUUUGAUGGCAUUCGUACCUGUGACGACUACGACUCUAUAUAUGCGGAGCACCCCUUGAAGCUGGUGCUCACUCGGGCUCUGAUGAUCACCGCGGACAUCCUGGCCGGCUUGGGAUUCGCCGCCUUGCUCCUUGGCCUGCACUGUGUCAAAUUCCUUCCCGAGGAGCCCUACGUUAAAGUCCGCAUCUGCUUUGUGGCCGGAACCACGUUACUCAUCGCAGGUGCCCCCGGAAUCAUUGGUUCUGUGUGGUAUGCUGUUGAUGUUUAUGUAGAACGUACUUCUCUGAUUUUCCAUAAUAUAUUUCUUGGCAUCCAAUAUAAAUUUGGUUGGUCAUGCUGGCUUGGAAUGGCUGGGUCUGUAGGUUGCUUUUUGGCUGGAGCUGUCCUCACCUGUGGCUUGUAUCUCUUUAAAGAUGUUGACCCUGAGAGGAGCUACUCUUAUUCCACAAGGAAGCCUUACUCAACUGCAGGCACUUCCAGGGCUAAGUCCUACACAGCUCCUCGAACAGAGACGGCCAAGAUGUACGCUGUAGACACAAGAGUCUAAAGAGCCAUGUAGGAAUCUGAGUUUACAUGUGACUGUCAGUCUACCAAUAUGUCUGAGUUAAUAAUAUGGUGAUCCAAUGCCGGGACAAUUCUUGACACUCCUUCCAAUAAAAUUGCUAGUUUACUCCAAAUGUUUGACUCUGCUGCCACUUCUCUCUCUGAUUCUCUCUUUGCUGGCACACCUGCUUUCCCUUUAUCAUUUACGAUAAAGCUGUUAGAAUGUAGAAGUGUUUCUUUCUUGUUUCUACUUUGCUGUAAGAGACUAUGACAUGGUAGUGUGAAAAUACAAUGACACUUCUGAAAUAGAAAACAAUUGUUGAAAGAGGUCAGCUCUGAAUGCUCAAAUCUCAGCUCCAAGAGAACUGACAAGCUCUUAGCUCCCUGCUUGUCUUGUGGUUCAUUUUUAAUACUCUCCGUGAGUGAGUGAGUUAUUUCUUACCUUUGAGGAAUAUUAUUCUUGCAAAUUCAAACUUGUGUAUCAAAGACUAGCAUUGCUCUGAUUUAGUUAAAACGGGAAAAGUAAAUAUCAGUUUCAUAGACCAGCCACUGGUGGGAAGGAAAGAUAAGCUCCCGUUUCACACUCUAAAUGUCAAAGGCAAAUGCUAAAUUAAUGUAAGAGUCAGGGUUGAGUUUCUGCCUCAUUAACAACAUACAACAUCAGCGUGUUCCUUCACCAGCUCUCCAACUUUGACUAUGUGCUGCCAAACUAUUAGACGAUAACACUAAUAGCACAAUUAGGGAGUUCAUACAUAUUGAUUGAACAUCAAAAUAUGCUAAUGAAUAAACAUUAGAAUUGACCAGUUGAGACUGGGCACUCACUACCAGAUUCUCAGCAUCCAGCAACAAAAUGGCAAACAUAGUACAAAAUUUAACAUCAACAACAACAGCAAAUAUUUAUAUCAAUAGAUUGAAAUAGAUGAACAUUCACAACUCUCACUGAAAAAAAAAACCUUCCAAAUAAAAUAUGCGGGAUUUCUGAGAAAAUUAGAGUUUGUACAGACUUCAGUAAGUCUUUGAUCAUUGCUAAUGGGAUUUCAUUCAUAUUUAUAAUGUAAUCAUAUUGAAUUUUUUAAACCAUAGAGUCCUUUAAUAGACUAGAAAAUUUAAUUUCAGGUUUCCUGAUUUCUUGUAAUUCACAUGAAUAACACUAAUAACCUUGCAGCAGCUCAAAAGAAUAUUGAAUGAACAGGAAAUUAGCUCUUUGGAAAAAUUGAAAUUAAGUUGUGAAAUUCAGAGACCCUCAAAGGAAGCGCUUCAAAUUUGGAAAGCUGAGAAUAAUAUGAAAUUGAGAAGAUAGGAUACAUGAGCUAAUGUCACAGAGACUGUUCUUUAUGACUGCAGUUUCUUUAUAACAUCCUCUGGAGCGAUUUCAGAUGAACUUCAGAACUAAGAGAAAUUGGAUAAUAUAUCUUAUUGUUAACUAUGUAAUGGAUGCUUAAAAUUGUAUAUUAUAUAUAAUAUUUGUAUAUGUAUAUAUGCUGUAGAUUUUAAAGCUUUUUGGUGUUACAUUUGGCUUUUUAUUUUUAAUUUCAUUCCUACUUCAAUUUUUAUAUCAUAUUAUGUUGUAUGUUCUGUGUACUCUAACACUUGUCUAGAAAUUCUUCCGAGGGAGGCUGGAGAGAAAGCUCAGUAGUCUGAGUACUUACCUGAAAAACUCAACGACUUGAGUUCUAUCCCUCGUACCACAUGCCGUGCCGGCCCCUGGAACUCUAGGCUUGGUGGUGCAUGC